AUGGCGAUGAUGAUGACUGGCCGUGUGCUGCUGGUGUGUGGCCUCUGCGUGCUGUGGUGCGGUGCCGGCGGUGUUUAUGCGAGGGAUGUUGACACCAACGCACUGGGUGGCUGCAUGGCUUCGGGAGUGUUGGGUGAGAAUGGAUCCCACAUGCCUGACAGAUGUAAUAAAACUGCGAUUACGGUGCCUUUGCGGUCAGUACUGCCCAUUACUGUCGUCGAAGCCUCGGCUGGAACAGAUAAUACUGCCGUUGUAAUACAGAAAGAUUUGAAUUCAAGUGAGACUUCCAACGCUGGCGUUACUGCUGCUGUUUCAUCUGCUUCAGAUGCUCCUGAUGGUGGUUCUGGUGCUUCUCCUGGUGCCGGGGCUCCUGCUGCUGCUGCCGCUCCUACUCUUCCUACUGGAGGUCAAGACAACGGCAGCAUUCCUCCUGGUCCUCCUGCUGCUCCUGUAGUUGACCCUUCAGCUGGCAGCAGCGGUGGUGAAGCGGGGUCCUCAGGCAGUCAUCCAACUAACACAACAGGGGACUCUUCAACAGGAGAUCAGACGCCUGCUGCAGCAGCGGCUCACAACUCCUCGCCACCCGAAAUACCGGUAGAAACGAAAUCCAGCACUGGACACACACGACAAGAAGAAGAAGAAGAAGAGGAAGAAGAAGAUAAUGAAAAGCAGCAGCAAAGUGAUGAAGCACAAGUCCAACAACAUCAACAGCACGAACACCCCGCGGAAAAUGGCGAAGAAUCCGCGAAGGAUAAAAACGCCCUUCGUACAAAUGCCACCGCAAAUGCCGGCGACAGUGACAGCAGCACCGCGGUCUCCCACGCCACCUCCCCUCUUUUGCCUCUUCUUCUUGUUGUUGCGUGUGCGGCUGCGGCUGCGGUGGUGGCCGCGUGA